CUGCUGCAACCAGCAUCUUUCAGCGAUCGCUGAAGAAAGAACAGGAGACAUGACGAAUGCAACCUUGGUAAAAUAUUUUUGAAGAUGUUUAUUUUUGUUGAAAAGAAGCUUCCAAAACAUGUGGCCGGGUCUGUUCUUGGUUCUCCAGUGCUGCAUUAAAAUAACAAGUAUAAAGAUUAUUGGUAAUGAUACAUCCGUCAGGUUUGGCGAAAACGGUACAUUCUUUACCCAGUUGACAGAUACUGAUGAGAGUCUAUCUCGGAUUAUAUGGCGUAAAAAGACACGAGAAGACCCUGUGGAAAAAUCCUUUUUUAUAAUUUUACCAGAUGGAAGAACAGAAAACAUAAAUGGAUUAAAGGGCAGAAUAAAAUUCAUUGGGAACAUUGCAGAAAAAAAUGGAUCUGUUCAGCUGCUGGGAAUGAGGCUCCUGGAUGAAGGGAUCUAUACUUGCAUCUUCAAUUUAUUUCCCAGUGGACCAUUCGAGACCAACAUCAAUGUCACAGUUCUUGUUCCUCCUAAGGUAAGCGUGGCAGGGGCGACACCUGUUUCUGGUGAUGUAAAUGUUACUUUGGCCUCAUGCAGUGCUACCAAUGCACGGCCUGCAGCAAAAGUGUUGUGGAGUUUAGGAGAUCUGCAAAGCUCCCUGAGGAUUGAAACCACCCACACAGUGCAUCCAAAUGGAACCUUUACUGUGGUGUCCAACCUGGUUGGUUCAGCAUCCAAAGAUUUAAACCAGAAGAAGGUCCAGUGUGUCGUAACACAUGAGGCUCUGGAUAAUGAGCUUGUGCUGGACUACUCAAUAAACAUACAUUAUCCCCCAGAAUCAGUGUUGAUAAUUCCAGACAAGCCAACAGAGCCUAAAGAAUUUCAUUGUUUAGUUGAGUCUAACCCAAGACCGACCAACUACACAUGGAUUAGAGUAAAUAAAACAACUCCUCAACAUGAAGGAUACAAGCUUCUUGUCGCAAAACUGACCCCUGACUUCAAUGGGCUAUACAUCUGUACAGCCUCAAACCAGUAUGGAAGCUCUUCAGGGUCCCUAUAUGUUCAAGUUCAUACUGAGUCCAGUAGUGUUUGUUGGGGUCUGUUUAGUUUCUUCAUUAUUAGUGCUGUUCUUUGCCCUCUGGGAUAUUAUGGAUUUAAGGAGUGGAAAAAGCAGCAAAAUUCCCGAAGUGAAAACCAGGGUACCCGUGCAGACAGCCCAGAACCUCAAGAACAACCGAUGUUACAAUGCACAUCAAGCAUGGAUGUGCCUCAUACGUCCGAAAAAUGAAGAUUCUGGCUUAUUUAUCGCCCUCUCCAUGCAAAACGAAUGGGACAUUAUUUACACUUCCAAAACAAUUUUCCGAAAGCUAGUUGUUAUCACGCUGAUAUAUGUUCAAUUGUUCAUAAUUGUGAUGUUUAUUUUAGCUAGUCAUUUGAUGCCAUAGAAACGGAGCAUGUUGUUAUGAUUGGCAUGGUUGAAUUGGGCGCGCGAGCGUUUGAUACCGCAGCUCCGUCUCUGGCUCCACAGACUACUGCUUCUGUGCAUGCCCUGGCUCCAAACUGGCGUUUUUAUAUAACAUGGUGGCAACCAUGGUCUGAAAUUUUUUGCUUCAAGGCCCUGUCCCAAAUGGCACACUCUGGACUUGUGGACUUCCUCAGAGUCCACACUUUGAUGACAUCAUGUAGUGCAGACCUUGGGGAGUAAAUGGACUUCUACUCUAUUAAAAAAAAAUAACAAAUACUAAUGUAAACAUUUAAUAGAAAAAUAAGGUUUUGUUACAGUUUUCAACACAUGGGCGUCGCCAUCUUGCAAUAGCGCAGGGUGUGACAUCACAGGCUUGGUUGUCCUGACAGUUGAGGACAGAUAAAGAAAGAUAACCACUGUACAUAAACUGCAACUGAAAUGGAUAACAGUACUGAUUUAUUCACUGUCUGCAGCAGAACUGAUAAGAAGGAGCGCUGAUGGGCAGGGCAAGUGAAUGGAUUGGUCAUUUUUCACUAAAGCAUAGAGUUCCUGUAUGAAUCCUCAAGUAUACUUUAGUUGGUGCAGCCCUGACAGUUGUAAGAAAUUGAAGUCUACUUCAACUCAAAUUCCACUCUAAAAUAUAUAUUAGAAUGAACAUGGUUAGAAUCCAUGGUUGAGUUUCAAAGCGUAUGUGCACUUGAGACGGCCGUAAAAAGUGAAGCAGAAAUGAUCUGCUCGUUGCUCUGCUUUGCGUGUGUGUGCUGUCUGCUCAAUCAUGCACACAUGCACUGAGAAGUGCAAGCGAGUGGAGCGCAUUCGUCAGAAACAUCUUCGAAGCUCUUCUGAUGCCUUGUUGCUUUUAGUGUUUAUCUUUAUUCUGUUGGUCUAGCUUGUGGGUUAUAGUGUUAAUAAAAUUUCCCAAGACACACAAGUUUGAACCUGACGUCCUCCAUUUGGACAACAAAGCACCUGAACACAGCAAGCUCUUAAUCACGACCAGUGUUGGGGGUAACGCAUUACAAGUAACUUGCAUUACGUAAUAAUAUUACUUUUCUGAAGUAAUGAGUAAAGUAACGCAUUACUUUUUAAAUGUACACAUUAAUAUUUGAGUUACUUUUUCAAAAAAGUAACUCAAGUUACUUUUUUAGUUUAAUUAAUUUGAUUUAAAAAUAUGUACAGAAUUAAACUAAACGUAUGCACUGUGUGGAAACACUUUGAGUCAGAAACUGAGAUGGCAGGCGAGAGUUUAACAUUUUUGUGAUGAAAUAUGCAAUUUCUGAAUGCAGAACUUUUCAGUCAUAAAAACACCUGCAAGGCCUGAAAGAGAUCAAGCUUUAGACAAGAAAAAGUAACGCAAAAGUAACUAAAAGUAACAUAAGCAUUACUUUCCAUGAAAAGUAACUAAGUAAUGCAAUUAGUUACUUUUUUUGGGAGUAACUUAAUAUUGUAAUGCAUUACUUUUAAAAGUAACUUUCCCCAACCACGACUUCAGUGGCGGUGGAUUAUAAUGUUAAAAUCAGUUGAAACUGAUAUUACGUCUUUAGUUUCUCACACAGUAGUGCAGUAGGCCAGGUUUAGGUAUGAAAUAUUUAAAUAUUUAUUAUCUGUAACUCAUUUUGUGUGAUCUGUAGCAGUGAGUGUUUUUUACUGAUAACUUUUUACAGUCAUAUUAAUGAGUGAUUUGUAUUUAGGAUUGAGUAUUUAAUCACCACAACCAGCAUUACUUUAGUAUAUCAAAAGAUAUCAGUUCUGUCUGUUAAAUAUCAUGACAAACCAAAAAAAAUAUUACGAUUAAAAUAGCAGAAAAAAUUGGAAAAAAAAUAUUGCUUUAUUAUUUGUACUAUUUUGUGGAUCCUGCACUCGCAUUUAAUUUGAAUGUGCGUGAGGAUUCAGUUUCUCUUUUUAAAGAUCACCCCUUUGCGUGGGAACUGAUGUACGCAUAAAAUGAGGCUGGAAAUGUGCGCCAGUUGUGAUUUUUAAUGGAAGAAAGGCCUUGCACGCUUUAUAAAUGAAACUCCAGGUCUUUCAUGUUGGUGCUAUUUUGUCAUGUUAUUUUACUGUUUUCUUUUUUUUGCUAUUUUAAUCAUAAAAUUUCCAUCUUUGAUUUGAUUUGUCUUUUUUGAUGUAGAUACUUUUUAUAACUUUUUAAUACUACAUUAUUAGACUUACUUGCAGACAUUAGAAAUACUUGGCCUUAGACAUACAGGGCUUAGACUAAGUCAGGAGUAAGUCUUGGUUAAAAUAAGAGAUUUAAGUCCCUCUUUCAGAAAUACAUAUCGAGUUCUGAUUGUGUAGCUUGUUUAGUGUGUUGUGAUUCGAUGGCAGCUUAGCUUGCCGUUAGCGUAUCUUGCCGUUAGCUUAGCUAGCGACUAACGUAUUCCUGUGGGCGGAAUGUGAACUUGGGCUUGAUGCGAACUUUGAAUUGGAACAGUACUUGGGCCGUGACUGAUGACGUUUCACAUGUCCACAAGAACGCAAGUACAGACAAGAACGCAUAUUGAGAAACGGCUAAUGACACUGAUAUAUUUUAAGAUAACUUUGCAAGUUGUUUUUAGUUAAUUAUGCAUUUAGUUCUGGCCCUGUCUGCAAAACUGGCCUUGAAUUUUGUUUUAUAGUUGUUUAAUUAGCAAGCUUUUAAUUGCUGUAAAUUUAUGGAUAGCCUACAUGAUCAGUCAUCUCAAAAAAUUAUUAACAAAUGCAAGAAAAAGAUUGUACCUCAAAAAUGCCUUUUCUGUAAAAAAAACAGAAGAUAAAGAAUUUAUAAACAUGUGGAAAGCGAAACAUUUCAGCACUCGACAGCCGUGUUUUAAAAAGCAUUACUUAAGAUUCUCAUUUCACCAUAUCCACAGGUACAAAGUCAUCAUAUACAAUAAAUCCGUGAGGUAGCAUUAAAAAAACAUUUCAAAAUAGAUGCAAUAUUUGCAUUUUUUUUUAAAGCAAAACCUUUAAAUUUUUUAAAGGUGCAGUGUGUAUAGAGAAGCUACAGUAGCCGCCACCGGAAAACAAGUAAUCGUCGGAGACAAAAAAGUUUGUCCGUUCAGUUCUUCCGUAGAAACAUGGUGUCACAAAAUGGCGACUUCAACGUAUGGGGACCUUCAUGCUGUUAUGAACUCUGUCUGUGUACCCUGUCUUGUACUCUUAUUUUGAAGUCAUGUCUGUGUCAUCCAUGUCUGUAGUUCUUUGUAGUUCUUUUGUUCAUUGGUCUGUGUGAUGAUUGUUCCCCAGGUGUGUCUUGUUUUCCCUGAUUACUCUGUGUAUUUAAGCCUAGUGUUUCCAGUGUCUGAUGUCGAUCGUUAGUCUAUGUUAUGGUGUUUUUCGUAUCCCAGAUUCCUUGUUGGAUUACCUGCUAUGUUUUGUUUGUUUAUUGUCAUUUUUAAUAAAACCACACUGCAUUUGGAUCCGC